CACAAAUUCCCCUCAUGUACAGCUAUAUAUGUAGCUUUUGGGGAUGGCAGAUAAUGUGGACCAGGAGAGCUCUACUUCAUCUUCAUCAUCACCAUCAACACUUCUGCUGCUGUCCGCACAACUAUCCUCAACUUGUUGAAUACUUUUGAUCAAUUUCAUUUUUCUUUCAUCGCCUGUAAGUGUCUUGUUUCCCUCCCAUGAUGAGCAGACUCGUCCUGACGUCAUCUGUGCUGCUGCUGUUGCUGUGUGUCUGGGUCAGCUUGAGUCAAAGCAGUCCGGUGAGGUGCUGUACCAAGUAUUCAUCACAGCCUUUUCCUGUCCUCCGACUGAAAGACUUCACCCGGCAGGACGCCACCAUGACCUGCAAUUUAGAGGCUGUCAUUUUUACUACGGUGAAGAACAGACAGGUCUGUGCCAACCCUGAUGAUCUAUGGGUUCAGAACGCCAUGUUGCAUAUCCAGGAAAAAAAAGGAAGAUCAUCAAAUCGUGCUAAAACUACCUAAAUCAACAUUAAUAUUAAAACAUAAAUUAAUAAAUGGUUUUGAU